AUGAAAUAUCCUAUUAUACUAUUUUUAUACUCUUUUAUAUUAUAUUAUCCUUUGAUAUUAUCUCAAAGUAUUCAAGUUAAUCCUAUUGCUGCUUCAUUAACCAGUCAAAAUAAAGGAUCUGCAAAUUUUGAAUCUCCUAAAAUUUCUGUUGAGCCUAAAUGUGGAAGGGAUCUUAUAACAAUUGAAAUAACAUUUAAUCCUCAAUUUUUACCAAAUAAACGUUUUAAUGAUUGGAUACUUGUUGGUAAUUUAAAUCGUCCAGAAUGCCGAUUAAAAGGUAAUGAUGAGACAAAGUAUGUUGUUGAGAUAGCUGUUUUAAAUGAUCCAUGUGGUACAUUAAUGCCAACACCUGGUGUAUUUCAAAAUACAAUACGUAUAGCUAAAUUUCCAGGGCUAGUUUUGUCAUCAGACUAUAAUUUUACUGUUAAAUGUAUUUAUGGUCUUCCAGAGGUUCUUGAUCAGUCCUCCAGAACAUCCGGAUUAGAUGGAAAUGGACAACAAAAUAGAAUUAUUAAUGAUAAAAUAAAUUUUGAAGAUAAAGUAUUUAUUGAUGGAAGGAAAAAUGAUUUUGAUUUGCUAAAUUCAAAAGAAAAUAACAAUAUGGUAUUGAAUGGUAAUCCUUUUAAUCCAUUAUUUGAAUCAAAUAGGAGGACCAAUGAUAUUAAUAAUAAAAAUGAUGUUGAAAAUAAUAUAUUACAUACUAGAAAUCAACAACCUACAUUUAAUCGUAAAGUUGAGGAAGAAAAUAUAAAUUCUAUUAAUAAUAUGGGAAUUAAUUUUUCUAAAAAUAAUCAAAGAGAUGAACAGGAGGCUGCUAGUAGAAGUAUUGCUAAUAAUUUAACACCUGCUAUUCUUCAGGUUGAUGCUAAUAGACCUACUAAUUCAUUUUUAACUAUAUGGCUUACUGUAUGUGGUAUUGCAGCAUUAUUAUUACUAUUAUUAUUAUGUUAUUUAUGUAUGAAAAAAAAAUAUGGUGAUAAAAGAAAAGAUCCACGUAGUGGUAGUAUUUCACAGGCAGGUAGUUCUAAUAGAGCUAUUAUACCAAAUCAUCAAAGAAUUUUACAAGAAUACUGGACUGCACAAAAUCAUUCCCGUCAAAAACCAUCAACAUACCAAAUACGUCCCUCAUCACCAUAUCAACAUAUAUCACGUUCACCAGAUGUUGAAAGAGUAUCUUCCAUUUCUUAUAGUGAUGUAUCAGAAGAUGGUAAAAGUAAUUUUAGUCAAAGAGCUGUUGAUGUACCUGGUUCACAUCAACAACGUAUACAUAGAAAACAUUUACAAUAUGAUAAUGAUAAAAAAAAUACAAUGAUGACACAACCAAUACCAGUUGCAGUUGAUAGUUAUAGAAAUGGUAUUAUAAGACCAGAAAGAAAUAGUACUCCUGAAAGUGAAGAAAGUUUAUCAACACCACAAAGUUAUCAGGAUUGGAGAGAUAGAAUGGCAAGAGGUAAAGAAGGUAAAGGUAUACUUAAAAAACGUGAAGAAGAAGUUAGAUCAGUUACACCUGUAAGAUCAAUUACUGAAAUAUAUCAUGAAGCAGAAACUCAUCCAAAACAAGGUUAUAAUAAUGAUAAUUUUUCUGAUGAUGGUACAUUUCCUGGGGAUUAUUCAUUACCAUCAAUAACACCAACUACCGGUUUUGAUCCUCAUACAUUGAACCGUUUUACACAUUCUGUAGAUAAAAUCCGUGGUUUUGGAGCAAGAAGAUUAACAGAACAAGAAUUAUCUAGAUGGAGGCAGUUAAUAGGAAAUGAUCAACAAUUGCAAUAUCUUAUAAAUAAAAGUACCUCACUAGAGGAAAUGUUAUCAAUAGCAAAUAAAAAUGAGUAUAAAUCAUACUUUAGUCAAGAGAAAUGGAAACAAAUAUUACAAUGUUGUUGGGAUUAUCAGAUAACAAGACUUGAGGAUAAUCGAAUGAUGAAUAAAAUUUUAGAAGAGGGUGGUAAAGUUAUUGAAACAAGGACUGUUAAAAGAAGAACAGAAAAAGUUGUGGUUGGAGAAAGGACAAUGGAAAAUGAUCAAAAUGGAUCAACAUUAAAUGUAUAUAUUGGAAAUGUCAAUUCAAAUUCUCAACCAUGGCCAUGA